AUGUGCCUGCCCCAGUCUGGCCCGCCAUCCCCAGCGAGAUGGAGCCUCGGACGGAAGCGCAGAGCCGACGGCAGGCGCCGGCAGCCCGAGGACGACGAAGAGGGAGAGCGCCGGGGCGCCGACCACAGGCCUGAGAGCUUUACCACUCCUGAAGGCCCUAAGCCCCAUUCUAGAUGUUCAGACUGGGCAAGUGCAGUUGAAGAAGAUGAAAUGAGGACCAGAGUUAACAAAGAAAUUGCAAGAUAUAAAAGAAAACUCCUUAUAAAUGACUUUGGAAGAGAGAGAAAAUCAUCAUCAGGAAGUUCUGAUUCAAAGGAAUCUACAUCUUCAGUGCCGGCUGACUUAGAGACAGAUGAGAGUGUCCUGAUGAGGAGACAGAAGCAGAUCAACUACGGCAAGAACACCAUUGCCUACGAUCGCUAUGUUAAAGAAGUCCCACGACACCUUCGGCAACCUGGCAUUCAUCCCAAGACUCCCAACAAAUUUAAGAAGUACAGUCGACGAUCAUGGGACCAGCAGAUCAAACUUUGGAAGGUGGCUCUGCAUUUUUGGGAUCCUCCAGCUGAAGAAGGAUGUGAUUUGCAAGAAAUACAUCCGGUAGACCUUGGGGAAAUGGAGACCGAAUCCACAGAAAGCAGCUCCGAGUCCCAGACGAGCUCUCAGGAUAACUUUGAUGUGUACUCUGGCACACCCACCAAAGUUAGACACGUGGACUGCCAAGUGGAGGACGACUUUGAUUUGGAAGCUUGUUUAACUGAACCCUUGAAAGACUUCUCAUCCAUGAGCUAACUGUGCCACCUGGUGGCCACUGAGAGAAACAGUCACGUCUGCCUGGCCAGGUAGAGGGCCGGCCAAGCGCCAGGCGUGGGCCAUGUACUUGAACCUGGAUGGUUUCUGUGUUGAUAGUUCAUUAUCUCAUGAGGAAUUAUUAUUCUUGCCUUAUUUUCUUAAGAAACAUUACUUUUAUGUAUAGUGAGUGUAUUUUGCAUGUUUUAAAUUGUAAAUGGAGUUAAAUCCUAGGAAGAUUGAAAUUGAAGCAAUUUUGCAAUAACUUAAUUGCUUAAUUUCUACCAUGCUCCAAUUUAACCUGACAAGUAUACUUUAAUUGGUUUUUCACAAGUAUUUUAGACAUUGUUACCACUUGUCAGUCAAAUGGGUUGGUUUGGAUUGAACCUUGUAUUCAUGGAACCAAUCUAGAGUCAGUUUUCUUUACAGGUAUCUGACAAAGUAUUCUCAGGGUCAGACACCUUUAAUAUCUUUAUGGAAACUUGAUUUUUGGCCUUUUAUUGAUAUGUCAGAGUAGGUUUUUCCCCUCAUACAGAGCUCUGAACAAAGAUGUUAAGUUGAGGUGUUAAGUUAAUGGGUUUUAUGUAAGUUAUACAGUCUUAAUUUGGUACUUGUAAAUAGCACUGGGUAGGCUCUUUACCUGCAAUACUCCGAGAGUUAAAGCAGCAGAGGAAUUUAGAAAACAUUUUUUACAAUCAGUUAAUCGCCAUGUAAAAUUGCUGUAUAUGAUAAUGUGUACAGAUUUCUGUUCAAAUAUCCAAUUGUAAACUUCUUGUUAAGACUGUUAUGUUUCUAUUGCUUUUGUAUGGAACGAUAUUGCAAAAAUAAAAAGAAAAGAAUCUUUAACUGGUUUA